AUGGAUUCCAAACGGGAGGACGUCGAGUCCUACAUCCAUGAGACGGACCCCAUCUACUCCGAUGGGUCUGGCCAUGAACCUAGUCUCGAUCAAGACGACCGAAGCAAGGACAAGCUUGCCAGAAAGUUGAGUGCCCGUCAAAUCAAUAUGAUCACCAUCGCCGGGGUCAUUGGUACCGGUCUCUUUUUGGGUACGGGGAAGUCGCUUGCCACCGGUGGUCCCGCCAGUUUGUUGAUUUGUUACGUGAUCAUCGGCGGCGUGGUAAUGCUUACCAUGUUGAGUCUCGGGGAAAUGGCGACGGUAUAUCCUGUAUCUGGGUCGUUUUGCACCUACGCCAAACGGUUUGGCAGCGACUCGCUUGGGUUUGCCAUUUUGACCAACUAUGCCUUCAACGAUAUGUGUUCCGUUGCCAGUGAUCUUGUGGCGGUGCAAAUGGUGUGGGACUACUGGAACGUUGCUGACCGCAUGCCCUACUGGGCGAUCGCGUUGAUUUUCUGGUUUUUGCUUUUGGUGCUUAACGUCAUUGACGUGCGGCUUUACGGUGAGGCUGAAUACUGGCUCGCCAUUCUCAAAGUGGCCACCAUUAUUAUUUUCUUCAUCAUCUCUAUCAUUGUCAAUGCCGGUUACAAUAACUUAAACAACGGCCACGGCAAAUAUAUCGGGUUCCGCUACUGGGGCCAAGGCGACGCCCCGUUUGUCGAUGGGUUCCGUGGGUUCGCCAAUGUCUUCGUCACCGCUGCCUUUGCCUACGGGGGUACUGAGAGUAUCACGUUGACUGCCGGUGAAACCAAAAACCCGCAAAAGGUGAUUCCUCGCACCAUCAAGACCGUGUUCUGGCGUAUUCUUUUCUUCUACGUGUUGACGUGUUUCUUCAUCGGCAUGAACGUCCCCUACGACUAUCCUGGUCUCUCCAGCAAGAAGGUCAUCACGUCGCCGUUCACCAUCGUAUACGGCAUGGUGGGCCACUCCAAGGACCACCCCAUGGUCAGUGCCACGUCGAACGUUGUGAACAAGGCUGCGGGCAGCUACGUCAACGUCACGAUUUUGUUGUCGGUGAUUCUGGCAGGCAACCACGCGUUGUUUGCCGGGGCUCGUUUGAUGUACAACCUUGGUACUCAAGGCUACUUCCCCAGAAUCUUCACUUGGACCAACCGUUUCCAAGUGCCUUACGUCGGGGUCAUUUCCGUAUGGGCCGUCGGGGGGUUGGCGUUCGGUCUGAGUUUCAUUGGUUCCGGGACGGUGUGGUCGUGGUUGCAGUCGAUUGUCGGGUUGAGUAACUUGAUCACCUGGUGGGUGAUCAAUUUGGUGUCGAUCAGAUUUAGAAUGGGGCUUAAAAAGCAAGGCAAAACCGAUAUUUUGCUAUUCAAAAACUGGACGUAUCCGUUAGGGCCAUGGGCGGCGCUCAUCGUGUCCACGUUCAUCAUUUUAGUCCAGGGGUGGUCGUCGUUCUCGCCUUGGGACACGGUGCUGUUCUUCCAAAACUACUUGGAGUUGGGGGUGUUCCCCGUCUGUUACCUCUUCUGGUUCUUCUGGACUAAGUGCAAGGACCGGUGGGUGAAGUUAGAGGAUAUGGACUUUGAGAGCGAUUUGUACGUGCCGCUGAAGGAAGAGGAAGAGGAAAACGAAUACGUCGACCUGCUCAAGGGGUGGGCCAAAUUCAGACACAACUUCACCUCCAACUUCCUUUAG